UUUUACGAAGGUUGCUUGGUCAGCAUGUCUGGUCGUGGGAAAGGCGGGAAAGGUUUGGGCAAGGGAGGCGCCAAGAGGCAUCGCAAGGUGCUUCGUGACAACAUCCAGGGCAUCGCGAAGCCUGCAAUCCGCCGCCUUGCUCGCCGUGGCGGAGUCAAGCGCAUCUCGGGCUUGAUCUACGAGGAGACCCGCGGCGUGCUGAAGGUUUUUCUGGAGAAUGUCAUCCGCGACGCCGUGACUUACACUGAGCAUGCCAAGAGGAAGACUGUGACAGCCAUGGAUGUCGUGUACGCUCUGAAGCGCCAGGGUCGUACUCUGUACGGCUUUGGUGGCUACCGCCUGGAUGUUGGGCAGGACGCCGCCCUGGGAGAUGGUGGCUUUGGCCAGCAGGUUGUUCAGCUCCUGGUCGUUGCGGACGGCCAGCUGCAGGUGCCGAGGGACGAUGCGCGCCUUCUUGUUGUCCCGCGCCGCGUUGCCGGCCAGCUCCAGGAUCUCGGCGGUCAGGUACUCCAGCACCGCCGCCGUGUAGACAGGGGCUUCGGCUCCCACGCGCGCCGCGUAGUGCCCUUUGCGGAGCAGGCGGUGCACUCGACCCACAGGGAACUGCAAGCCGGCCCUGGACGAGCGAGACUUCGCCUUUCCCUUGGCUUUGCCGCCCUGGUUUCCACGGCCAGACAUCGUACAGCAAAAUCCACAAAGAACUACAACGAAGAGCAGAAUGAGAAACACAAUCUUCUUGUUACCAUGUCUGGUCGUGGAAAAGGCGGGAAAGGUUUGGGCAAGGGAGGCGCCAAAAGGCAUCGCAAAGUGCUUCGUGACAACAUCCAGGGCAUCACGAAGCCUGCAAUCCGCCGCCUUGCUCGCCGUGGCGGAGUCAAGCGCAUCUCGGGCUUGAUCUACGAGGAGACCCGCGGUGUGCUGAAGGUUUUUCUGGAGAAUGUCAUCCGCGACGCCGUGACUUACACUGAGCAUGCCAAGAGGAAGACUGUAACAGCCAUGGAUGUUGUGUACGCUCUGAAGCGCCAGGGCCGCACUCUGUAUGGCUUCGGUGGCUAA